AUGAUAGUCCCAGUGCGGUGCUUUACGUGCGGCAAGGUGCUGGCUAAUAAAUGGGAGACGUACUUGGGUUUACUACGCGCUGACUAUACCGAGAGAGAUGCGCUAGAUGAGCUGUCACUCAAGCGAUACUGCUGUCGUCGUAUGAUGCUUACACACGUGGAUCUGAUUGAGAAAUUGUUGCACUAUAACACGGGCGCCAUUGAGCGAGGCGACGACUAA